GCAAGCUGGAAAGAGGCGGUGUCCUCAAGGCAAGGAGGGCGGGGCGCGGUGGACAGAAGCAUUCGCAGGCGGCGGGCUUCGGCCCACUCUGGCAAGCAAAGACGCCCGCGGGAGGCGUGAAUACCAUGGGCUCUUGCUCCGGCCGCUGCACGCUUCUUGCGCUCUGUACUCUGCAGCUGGUCACUGCUCUGGAACGGCAGGUGUUUGACUUCCUGGGCUACCAGUGGGCACCCAUCCUGGCCAACUUCGUCCACAUCGUCGUGGUCAUCUUGGGGCUCUUCGGCACCCUUCAGUAUCGGUCACGCUACAUCGUGGUGUAUGCUGUGUGGGCAGCUGUCUGGGUUACCUGGAACGUCUUCAUUAUCUGCUUCUACCUGGAAGUGGGGGGCCUUUCAAAGGACAGUGAGCUCUUAACCUUCAAUCUCUCCCGGCAUCGCUCCUGGUGGGUAGAGCAUGGGCUAGGCUGUCUCCAGGAAGAGGCAGCCGCAGUUGGCCUGGGGGCAAUGCACGGCCAGUCCUUGGUGGCAGAUGCUGGCUGUGCCAUGACGUACAGCUAUAUGGAAGUCCUGCACAGUGGACUACAGAUCCUGCUGGCGCUCCUGGGUUUCGUCUAUGGCUGCUAUGUGGUCAGCGUGCUUACGGAAGAAGAGGACAGUUUUGAUUUCAUUGGUGGAUUUGACCCAUUCCCCCUGUACCAUGUCAAUGAAAAGCCGUCCAGCCUCUUGUCCAAGCAGGCAUAUUUGCCUGCAUAAGUGAGGGAAAGGCUGACCCUGCUCCUACAACCCAGCUUCAGCCACUGGAACAAAGAAGAGACUCCAGGCCCAGCUGCCCUGCCUGCCUCGCAUUUUUUCCAAAUUCCCCUUGGAUACCAGUGAGGGGCGGGGGA